AUGGCACUCAGCACCCGCUUUGUUUCACCUCUCCGGCCCACCCUGGCAGCUCUGCACUGGGCAGCACCCAGGCAGCACCGGGGGCUCAGCACCCUCCCAGCAUCAAGGGACACACUUGACCUCGGGGGUAUCUUCCCGCCCCUUGCAACCCCCUUCUCACCCAUGCAAGAGGUGGACUAUGCCCGACUGGAAGGGAACCUGCACCACUACGCCAGCAUCCCCUUCCGAGGACUGGUAGUGCUGGGCUCCAAUGGGGAAUACCCCUACCUGGCACCCCAGGAGCAGCUGGAGGUGGUGAGCUGCGUGCGCCAGGCUUUGCCCAGGGACCGCCUGCUGCUGGCCGGAUCAGGCUGUGAAUCCACCCAGGCCACCAUCAAGCUGACGGUCAGCAUGGCAGAGGCAGGGGCUGACGUGGCACUGGUGGUGACGCCCUGCUACUACAAAGGGGCCAUGACCAGCAGUGCCCUGGUCCAGCACUACACGGAGGUCGCCGAUGCAUCCCCCAUCCCCGUGGUGCUCUACAGCGUCCCUGCCAACACUGGCCUGGAGCUGCCCCUGGAGGCUGUCCUCACCCUGGCUCAGCACCCCAACAUUGUCGGGAUCAAGGACAGCGGUGGGGACAUCACUCGCAUGGGGUUGAUGGUCCACAAGACGAAGCAGGAGGACUUCCAGGUGCUGGCAGGGUCAGCUGGCUUCCUGCUGGCAAGCUAUGCCCUGGGUGCCUCUGGGGGGAUCUGUGCCCUUGCCAAUGUCCUGGGGGCCCCGCUGUGCCAGCUGGACCGUCUGUGCCGUGAGGGCCAGUGGCAGGAGGCCCGUGACCUGCAGCACCGGCUCAUCGAGCCCAACGCAGCGUGGAAGUGA